AUGCGAGCCUCCAUUACUCUGCUUACCGCAUUCCUCGCCGCAGCCGUGGCCCAGGACUACCCCUUCACCGAAUACAUCUGCGAAACCACCGACGGCAGCCCCUACCUGCACCACGUGAACCAGCUCAUCGACGGGCUGGCCGGCGCCGCCGAAGGCGAGAGACUCUGCAACACCGGCAGCGGCUGUGGCGAAACCAUCACGGCCUACUCUGGUGGCGGUGGUGCGGGCCUUAUGCUCUGUGGUGAUUCCUACCGAUGCGGUCUCAGCGAUAACCUCCCUUGUGCAGGAAACGCCUGCGGUGGUAUCUACGCCCGCGUCGCAAGCGAGGCUGUUGCCGGCCUCCGGGACCAGUGCCAGGGGCCUGACUCGAAUGGGGACACUCGCGUGGGUGGUAAGCAGGUGACGCACUAUAGUGCGGAUUAUGAGUCCGAGAUUAGAGUCUUUAGCCGCCCUGGCUAG